AUGGGUCUGAUCUCUAAGCUUUUACUAGUACUUUCCAUAGUACUGAUUGGUCACUCAGGGUUUUCCAGUCAUGAAUUCCACCAACUUUUGAAACGAGGUGCUAGAGAAUCUUCAUCGCAGAUUCCAAAGGACAUAAAAUAUGAAACAAUCACUGGGUUAGUGCUAUUUGUACUGAGUGCAUUUCUCUCGUUUGAGAAAUUAAGUUAUUACCCAUUAGUGGGGCCUAAGAAAUCAUUGACCCAAGGUCAGUACCUUGAGGACAUCGCAAUGAGCAAAGCUACUAAUGUCGACAACCUAAUCGGUAGCGACCCUGCUGGAGCCGUGAACUAUACCCCUAGCUUCGUAGACAUUAUCAAUAAAAGGGAGCAAGUGAGGCAGCACAUUGCAAAGAAGGAUCUUUAA